CUAACUUACUUAUUUACACCUUGAUCAAUUAGUCGCCACGCAAGGCUCAGUUGAAAUGGAAUAACACACGCUUUUGCCCCUGUUUGAUCCUCAACUAAGAAUUCAGCUCACAGAAAGCAACCCGUGGAAGAAAUCUUUUGACAUCGUCUAUACCUACACCCUAUACAUUUAUAGUUUCCAACUCAACUACGAACAGCCGUAUUACCAGCAACGCAUUUCCAAACUUACACCACACUGAUCGACCUUCUUACGUCGUCAUCAACCAUCACAUCUCAUCGUUUUUCAUCCGGAACCGAAAUGCAUUAUCGAACAAGACUAAAGAUAGAUCAGAGAUUUCAUCAACAUCCUUGCGGGUAGCAGUGUGCGCCCCAUUUUUGCAACAGAAUCGGCUUUAUCAAUUCACUAUCUGAGGUCAUAGAGGCUUCCCAAAACAUCGACUAUCAUACUGCAGCUGCAUUACUUGACCCCCCUUGCAUGGCGAGUUAAUUGGGUACAUUGUGCCUACGGAGGAUGAUCACCUCACGUGGCUGGCUUCGGCCUUUGGGUCGAAUUAUUAUGGCGGUGGUACCGCCAUUCAAUUUUAUCACUUUACACUAUACUUAUUUUAUCGUAACAUCAUUGAUCUGCAGUGUUAUAUUUUGGGGAGCUUCGAACCCGCUCCGUAGUAUUUCUUACGCUGAUGCGCUGUUUAUGUGUGUUAGCGCUAUCACAGGCGCUGGGCUGAACACUGUGGACCUAUCUUCAUUGAACACUUUCCAGCAAUCCAUCCUUUUCGUGCUCCUGAUGUUGGGACACGCUAUCCUCAUCUCGAUCACUGUUCUAUUUGUGAGGAAGAGGGCUUUUGAAUCGAAGUUCAAAGGCAUUUCAAAUAAAUUGGCUCAAGAUAGGGAGUCUCGUCCCACAUCUGAUUUGAACACUCCGCUAGAUGGAGCGGACUCCAAGGUUUCGAAUGUGCAGCCCUCAAACAUGGAUGCCAGUCAUGGCGACAAGGCACCCGGGCUGACUGAAGCCAGUCCCGUAGGGAACUCAACUGACUUGACCAGCGAUGACCAUAUACACUGGGCUGAAGACGAUCAGAUAACUAUUGGUGCACGAACACGCUUGCACCAUCAAAACCACCGAGUCUUCCCUAUGGUGGGCGUUGGUGCUCGGCUUGACCUGAAUAAUCAUCCGAAAGAUGCCACCCCAAACAUGCCUCUGCGAGAAGAGGUUGACAUAUCACGGCUGAAGGGCAUGAUCCAAGGGACGCAAAAGUAUUUCGCGUCCAGAGGCUUUGUCUCCCGAAACUCCCAGUUCUAUGGGCUCACCCCCGACGAACGCGAGAGACUUGGCGGAGUCGAAUACAAAGCAGUUUCGUUCUUGACAGCCAUAGUCGCCCUCUACUGGCUGAUGUUCUUGCUCAUCGGUAUGAUAGGCGUGGGAGGAUGGCUGGAAGCGAACCAUCCAGAUAUAUCUCGGGAAAACGGCCUGUCACCUUUCUGGACAGGCGCGUUCUUUGCAGUCUCUGCAUUUGUGAACAGCGGCAUGUCCCUUUUGGAUGCUAAUAUGACCGCACUGCAACAGAAUGUGUAUCCGCUCCUCACAAUGGGUUUGCUGAUUCUCGCCGGGAACACCCUCUAUCCCUGCUUCUUGAGGUUUAUAAUAUGGUCUAUGAGAUGCAUGAUUCCAGAGCGACCCGCGUGGAAUACAUGGAAAGUUACCUUAGACUUUAUCCUGGAUCAUCCAAGAAGGGUCUAUACAAACCUUUUCCCGAGACGCCAUACGUGGUAUCUGCUGGGAACCAUAAUUGUCUUGAAUGCCGUUGAUUGGGCCGGUUUCGAGAUACUCGCCAUCGGAAAUAAAGAAAUUGAGCAAUUGCCACCAGGUUAUCGAGUCCUGGAUGGUUUGUUCCAAGCGUUGGCUGUACGCUCUGGAGGAUUUUAUGUAGUAACCAUAUCCGGACUCCGACAAGGGUUACUCGUUUUAUACGUUCUCAUGAUGUACGUGUCGGCAUUCCCCGUGUUGGUGACCAUGAGAAACACCAACGUCUACGAAGAGCGUUCCCUGGGCAUCUACGCCCACGAUGACCCGGAAUCCGAAGCCGAAGGCCAAGCCAAACCAGGUCUCUUCAUGAGCCUCGUGCGACACCACCUCCUCGGACGCCAGGACGUCCCCGCCGCUGAAGCCUCGCGCAGCUACUUCGUCCACCAACAACUGCGUUCUCAACUCAGCCACGAUAUCUGGUGGAUCGCCCUAGCAGUCCUCUUCAUCUCUAUCGCUGAAUCGCCCAAUUUCAACCGCGAUCCUGUCAGCUACUCCACGUUCAACAUCAUCUUUGAAGUUGUCUCCGCCUACGGCUGCGUCGGCGUUAGCGUCGGCAUCCCUGGCAGGAACAGCUCCUUUUGCGGCGGCUGGCACACUAUCAGCAAAUUGAUAUUGGCGGCGGUUGCCCUCCGUGGGCGUCAUCGCGGUCUUCCUGUGGCUAUCGAUCAGGCUGUCAUGUUGCCGAAUGAUUCCCUCGCCUGGGCUGAAGAGGAAGAUGCUGCGCUGAGGCGUGAGAAAACUCGUACUUGGGGUGCGGACAGGAUGCCUGUUGGGGCUGUUUAAAAUUUGGGGACACCAUAUGCGCAUUGCCGUACAUUGCCUAUGUACCAUUGACACCACUGUGAAUUCUAUGUUUGGUGGACAUUGUGAUUUCGGUACGAUGUCGCAUGGGACUAUGGCACAGUUGUCGGUUUCCAUAUAAAGGUUUGUUGAUACAGAUUGGAAUUUUGUUUGAUUCAUCCUGUGUUUUGUCUGUCUUUUUUGAUAUGAUGUACUGUCUUUCUUGGCUUAUUGUGUUUGAGUUAUGCUUGUAUUAGUUUAUUUGUCUGUUAGUUUCUAAUGCAUAAAUAUAGAAUGUUUUCG